CAUGAUGAUAAUUUGCAUAUUUGUUGAAAAAGAUAUCCCGAAACGAAAUAACACCUUGGUAAAUUUUCUAAAUUAGACAUCCAAAGAUUUUAAGACUAUAUAGCUUAUUUGUAAUAUUUCAUGUUUAUGACAUUAUAGCCUUAACAUGUUUGUAUAACUUCCUACUCAAUAUCAAAGUGCCAAAUAUAUACUACAUUUAACAGUUAGGUAGGCCUGAGUCUUAAAUGUGACCGGAACUUCUUUGACACAACUCAAUAGUAAAUCAGUUUUUGAAAUAGAUUUGUUUUGUUUUGGAAAUGUUUUACAUUUAGGCUAUUAAGCCUAGUUUGUUUCUUGCUUUGGCUACAGUGUGGUGCUAUUGCGUCCUCUGGUGGUUGAAUGGAAUGAUGGCUGUGGUGCAGUAGCAUAAUAUUUUCUUGUUUUUAAUUGAAGAGUCGAAGAGUCCCAGUUGAUUACAAACUGCAUGCAACUAGGCCUAAGCACGUAGGCCUAUGCACAUUGCAAGGGCAGCUGCAACAGGUACUAGAUUCAGGGAUGAAAUUCCUAUUUGGGGCAGUCACUUCCUGAGAGCACCCUCAACAUUAUGAAUAUUUCAGUUACUAUUCGGCACCUCUUGAGCCGAGGAGAAAGUAGCCUAAAUGGCUCCGAGCACCACCACUGUGCGCUGUUUCAAAAACGCACAAUCGAUUACGGUUGUUUUUGGUGCCAGCGAGAGCCGAUUGCCAAAGGUAUGGGCGGAGAAUGGAUAUUCAAAUGUAUUUAUUUUUAAGAUCACGGCAAUAACAUAAGAAGCAAACAAUAUCACAUGCAGAAAUAACUCGAGUACAAAUACAUCGUAAUUACUUGAGAAAGCUUCACAGGUCAUCACACUAAUGAACGAAUCCUCCUCUUCCGCCGUCUGCGUAGUUGUGGGUCCUAAAACAAGUUGAGUCAGUCAGAUGACUUUCAUGAGUACUGAGCUCAGAGCACGUGUGGCGCGAGUACCAUGUUUAAGUUUAAAUGAAAAUAAUGUGGACAUUUAGAAUUCAAGUAGAACUAAUAUUUUUUUAUGCAAAACGCGGCAUCUCUGUGAAAUGAUAUAACCUUACCCCGGGAACGUUUCUACUUGCUCGUACACACGGUUAUUACUACCUUACUGGUAUAGCUAACGCUAGCUGAUCUUGCUCAGACCUGUCAAGUCUACGUCUGCAUGGACUGGCCGCGUGGUGCAUUUAGAGCGUAGAUUAUUUUUAAACACCACCAACAAAAAUGGAUUAUACUUUUCCACCUGAACUUUUCACAUCUUAUUUCCACUCUGGCCCUCCAAAUUCUGAAUUUGCCCAUAACGUUGGAGGUUGGGGUGUGUAUGGUCAAGUUAAAGAAGCAAGCUCCAUCACCAAGCAACAUGGGACAGCUGCAACACUACCAGAGCACACACAAUUUGCAACAAAGCAUCAAAUGGAAGGAGAGACAUGGUUGCCAGUUGAAUCUCUGACGCUGCCCCUGUUUCCACCAAAAAGAGGUCGCAAAUGGCACUCAACUGCAUUAUCGGACCCACUGGACUUUUCAGAGCAUAUGCAGGACUACUACCUCCAUAGAUCCCAAGAUGCGUUUUACACCAUGAGCCAGUUCCUAGAGGAAAAUCUCCACAGUGUGAACACCAAAGGGAAAACCUCCGUAUUAUCCAGGACACAAGGCUUCAUGGAAACGCUGAAGUAUAAAAAGUGUGCAGUCACCUACCUGAAACCCAGAAUCAAGGCAUACCACAAUCUCUUAUCUGAUGUUAUCUAUGACAUCCCUCCGGAGCUUCUGGCUCAUAACCUCUAUGAGGAACUGACCCAACAAAGGGAACUGGAGCAGUUCUCUGAAGUGGCUACAGGGGGCGCCCUUUGUUACAUUCCCUUUUCACAGCUCAACAACACUCAGCAAGGCUGCUUGUUGUAUCCAGGGGAUCCUGGGCUCCACUCCCUUAAUUUUCAUAGAUUAGCGCUGGAGUUCCAUGCAGAAGGGCCUCCCUGUAUUGAUUCAAGCCUCAGGCCUUUCUCAUUCCAGCUCGACGGUACAGUAAGGCAGAUCUGCACUGGGACGCCACAGGAUACAUCAAAUGUUGGUGUUCGAUCAGACUAUACGUGUGGGGUGUGGAUGGUUAGUGAGAAGAACGAGCCCAAGACUGUUGAGGUCAUCCAGACCAAAGAGGUUGCUACAUGCCUCAGCAUCAGUCCCCAUAUCCAAGGAGAGCUGCUUGUGGCAAGUGAGAGUGGAGUCGCUCACCUGUGGACAGUAGGAAAAGGCCUGCAGAAGUUCCGUAAGGAGGACAGUAACAUGUACUUCAAUGCAAGAUCGGCAUGGCGAUGGUGUGACUUCACGGGGCACCCCAGGGUGAUGAUCUAUGCCGACCGAACGGGCGUGGAGCUUACAGACAUCAGAACCAACGAGAAUUGUAGCCAUACUCUAUUUCGCAUCGGCCAAACCCCAGAUUGCAAGACUGGCGAGAGAGUCAUCAUGUCCAAAUACCUGCGAGAAGUUCACAUGUUCCACCAUCUCAUAACCACUCAGUUUUCGGCAUACAUCCUGGACGAGCGCUUCCCCUGCAUUCCUAUGGUUAAGUGGGAUCACAUGAUGGAGGAUCCUCCCAUGUUUGCCCAUGUCCUGGCUUCUAACUCCUCAGGGGCUGGAACCACCAAGGUUGUCCUGGGCUCUCAGCGAUCCCAGGAACUGACUCUUCUACAGUAUUCAGGUGGUCGACAGGAUGCAUGCUGCACCAGAGGUCCCCCGGCGGCUCUGCUUAGGCCCCGAGACAGCCUGAGUCACCUGCCUGCCCAGAUCCCACACCGCCACCACAUCGCCCAGCAGAGACUGGCACUUAAGGCUGCCGGCGUGACGUGUAUCCAGCAGAACCAGGGCGCAAGGGACAUCUGUGUGCUGCAGCUGACGGAAGCUGGGGACGUCUUCUAUCAGAUGCUGAGACCACAGGUGGCAUCUUGCAAAGAGGAUGUUACAACACCCACCCAGAACUCGGAGGACGUCGGCCUACCAACCUCAGUUCAACACCGAUCGUCAAUUGACACAUUGAUCUCACAGGAUAUGUCAGUGGACCGGGAGAAAAGCAAAGGGUCACUGGGGUCCACGUCUCCUGGUCCCACGGUCGACUGUGGGUUUGAGAGACGUGGAACUGAUCUGCCUUGUUUCAAGGUCGUUGUCAAUGAUGACCCCGAGGAAACAGAUUUGGGGCUGUCAGGGUUUGAACUGGACAACCGUCAGGGUGUUUCAUCAUCUGCGUCUCGGCCUGCUGAGGCAAGUACCGCUUGUGCUGCCAGACCUAGCCUAGCCAAGGCUGGGGAUGACGCUCUCCUUAAAUGGAAAAUCUGGCUCUUCAAGCUAGUCAGAAAGAACCAUCGUAAGCAACGCUUCCCACACAACACUAUCAGAGCCAGAGGUCUUCUCGAUAAGUCUGGUGAAACUGAGAGCCGUUGGCGAGAACCCAUGGAAGAGGACAAGCGAGACAGCCUAAGACGGGAUGUCAAAGAAGCGAUGAAGAGAGGGAAAUUCCUGGUCCACGGUGCCACCCACCUGCCGCCGAUGGAGCCGGUUUCUGUCCCAGGGUCCGUGGAGCCCUCUGCAUGGACGGACGACCUCAGCCAGAGGCUGAGUGUGUCCUGGGAAGGUGGCUGGAAGGUCUGGUGGGAGGAGUCGCUGGGAAUGAACCAGGAGUCCAAGAUGCAGGCGCUCCGCAGGAAGCGGCGGAGGCAGAAAAUGGCCCGGGCGCACAACCGGCUCGAGCUCUCUGGCAGCUUCACCACCUCCGUCAGCUACCAGUCUGACAUGGACGAUCUCUCAGGCUACACGUCGGCUACCAGUCAGAGCGCUGCCUCUGACAGUGAGGGCACUCGUUUAUCUUUGUUUAGUGAUGACCUUUCUGAACCAGGAUCUUACAAAACCUCUCAAAUGCACGGAAGGACUGCUCGAGUGAAUGAGGAGUACCAAAGUUCUCUGCAGGAAGCCUCUCGUGGACUCUUCGAUGAAGGCGUGCCUAGUGCCCCUCUAGCCACAUCAUCUCAGGUGUCCAGUGUUUUUCCAUCACAAAGAACUCCCCGCGUAGGAGGCUCGUCCCAAACCUCCCUGUCCCAGCUCAAAAGGAAGAAGGCUCGCAUGGGCUUCUGAGUGGUAAUGGAUGGAACUGAUUGGAUUAAGUGAUCAGUUUGACCUAUAUUGGUAUGGUUAAAGAUUGCAGUGUGAUGAUGCAAGUGUGUGGGCUAUGUGGAGUUAAUGGCCAUGGUUUUUUUCCAGAACAAAGUCUGUAUCAUUAGUAACCUUGUUUCCUAAAAACAACAAAUUGGAAGUUUUAAAAAAGAAUAUUGUUUUUAUUGUUUUGUUUUUUACAGCUGGCGAAAAUAAUAAGUUAAUAUCUACAUAACAGUAUUCACAUUUUUUUUUGUUUUUACAUUAUACAAAUGUACACUUUUUUUUUUUUUUUUUACGUUUUUAGAACGUUUUUCAUAGCAUGAUCUUUCAUUCAUACAGUUGAAAAAGUAUCUACCACAACUGAAAUUGGCAAUUUAGAGGUUUAAAAACACCUUACAGACUCAAACAAACAAAUUUCUAUUUUAUUUUUUUUAACACCAUGCAAACCAACAUUACAAAAAAAUAGCCUUGGGAACAAUCUAACAUGUCACCAGGCCUAUAUACUGUCUGCCAUGCCAUGAUGACAUUUGUACAAAACUGUGCAAAGUACAUUUCCUGGGGUUACUUCCCAGCAAAACAACAGUCCCUGUUUUAUAACAGUCUAUUGUACCUUGGCUGUUCUGUAUAGUGGCUUGGAAUGUGACAAAUCCAGACAUGCACAUCCAACUAUUAAAAA